CCAAACUAAUAUCUGAUGCAUUAUGUUUCACAGGAGGAGGAGAAUGAGAUGGACAAACACCUGGACAUGCCGCCAUCCUGGGUGGAGCCAAUCAAACUCUCCUUACGGGACUUCCAGAUGAGGUGUCCGCAAGGAAAGAAGACCAAGCUGUAUAAACGUGCCAAGCUGGAGAAGUUUGCCCACUACCUGAUGAAGGAUGGCCUGGUCUCCAAACUAUCCAUGUAUGAUAACCGUGAAUGUAGGUGAUCCUUCCUUGUGUUUAG